AUGUCUUCCGCUGAACUUAUUGCCAAGAAAGCUCGUAUUGCUGGGAACAUCCUGAAAACUUUAUCUGAUGAACAGCGUUCAAGUAUUUUAUACAAAAUCCAUGAUUCUUUAGAAAAAAAUGCAAAACUAAUAGAAACUGCUAACAAAUUGGAUUUAGAAGUUGCUCGUGGAUCCAAUUUAAGUGAAAGCUUGAUUAAAAGAUUGGAUUUAUUUAAAGGUGACAAAUUUGCUACCAUGUUACAAGGUAUUAUUGACGUAGCUAAAUUAGCGGAUCCAGUUGGUAAAGUUUUGUUAGCUAGAGAACUGGAUGAAGGCUUAACAUUAUAUAAAAUUACGGCUCCAGUCGGGGUUUUGUUAGUUAUCUUUGAAUCCAGACCAGAAGUUAUUGCUAACAUUACUGCCUUAAGUAUCAAAUCCGGUAAUGCAGCCAUUUUAAAAGGUGGUAAAGAAUCUGUAAAUACCUUUAGAGAAAUGUCUAAAAUUAUCAAUGAUACUAUUGCUGCUAAUUUUGCUACCACUGGCGUUCCAAUUGGUGCUGUCCAAUUGAUUGAAACCAGACAAGAUGUUUCUGAUCUACUAAGUCAAGAUCAGUAUAUUGAUUUGGUUGUUCCUCGUGGUUCUAACAGUUUGGUAAGAAAUAUUAAAUUAAAUACAAAGAUUCCUGUUUUAGGACAUGCAGACGGUAUUUGUUCCAUCUAUAUAGAUGGCGAAGCUGACUUAGUAAAAGCUAAGAAAAUUACAGUUGAUGCGAAAACAAAUUACCCAGCUGGCUGUAAUGCAAUGGAAACUUUAUUGAUUAAUCCAAAACUAAACAACUGGUGGGAGGUCUUAACCAACUUGAAUGAAAAUGGCGUUUGCUUACAUGUUACUCCCGAAGUGAAACAAGAGUAUCUAAAACACAAUCCAAAGGGUAAUGUUCUUGAUUGUGAUGAAUCUAAGGACUUUGACAAAGAAUUUUUAUCUCUAGAUUGUGCUGUUAAGUUUGUUAAUAGUGUUCAAGAGGCUGUACAGCAUAUAAACACUCAUUCUUCGAAACACACUGAUUGUAUAGUUACCGAAAAUGAAAAAAAUGCAGAAUUUUUUUUGAAGGGUGUUGAUUCUUCCGGUGUUUAUUGGAAUUGUUCUACCAGAUUUGCUGAUGGUUUCAGAUAUGGUUUUGGUACUGAAGUCGGAAUCUCUACAAGUAAAAUUCAUGCCCGUGGUCCCGUUGGUUUGGAUGGGUUGGUUACUUAUCAAUAUCAAAUUAGAGGCACUGGCCAAAUUGCAGGUGAUUAUUUGGGUGCUGGUGGUAAUAGAUCUUUUAUUCAUAAAGAUUUAGAUAUUAAGGACAUUAAAUUGUAA